AUGGCCUCUCAACAUACUCCCUCCAAGACACCCUCGCGACGCGUACUUGGCGACCUCACCCCAAAAGCCAUAAAUACACCCUCUACCCCAAAGGCCUACGAAGCAUCCGAAGUCACUCGAGCCCAAAGCCCACUGAAGCAAGUCACGACGCACACUCCAACCAACCCUGUCGGCAAAGAAAACCUCAUGACUCCUCAGACCAAUUCGAAUAGCAAGAAGAGGGGCAUAGAAGAGGUUGACAGUGCUGAGUCUGUCGAGAGUGUAAAGAUGCUUGCUCGUGCCCGUGACGAAGGUCUUUCCAACACUGGCACGCCCCUCACCUCCGACGCUGUGCAGAAACACACGGUAGAUAAUACACCAUACCUCACGCGUCUUCACGCCACUGACAAUUCCAAGGAAAACAACCCCAUCGGCCUCACAGACCCAGGAUCACCCACCGAACGCGCCACACCAACACCAUCGCCCGAACCAGAGCCUCUGCAAGCCUCGCAAAAAAGCAACCAGUCAUUUUCUGACCUUCUCAACUAUGAUUUGUGUGCCAGCCAGAAGAGUGAACAUGGAGAACGUGUAGCCAUGCCGACGGCUGCCCCCACGUCAGCAGUCGCAGAAGGAAAGAGGAGGUCGCGUGCCGAACAAUUGCGAACGCGCCUCAAGUUCGGAUUGUAUAAGAUCAGGACGAACCAGGUCUCCAAGCGCGACGCGGAUAUCAUCGGUCCUUACGAAGCCCGCGCCUCUUAUUCAUCAGACGCGCCCAACGCGUCGAGAUCAACAGCCAUGGCGUCUUCCGGCGAGUCUCUAGGCGCUUACCGCGUACCCAACAUCACUGUAUCAUCCCCGCGACGCGACCAAGGGCCUGUUUUUGUGCAAGCGAAUCUAGAUCCUUUCCGUCCAAUCAGUAAACUUGGUCCCGCACCGGUCCAUUUCGCCAUACCCCAAGGCAAUACACCCGCAUCAUCGCGUAUGGUACCUGGUUAUGUACUUUCUUCCUCACCACCCGGACCUCACAUGUCCAAUUCUAUAGCUCCUGAUCAACUUUCCUCACCCAUACGACCUAGGAAUUACUACCAAUCGCCCUCCGACUCUAGGAUAGGAAUGGGCGAACACGAUGCGGAGCGCAUCAACGUACGGGAAGAGGACCCACACUAUAGACUCCAGAGACUCAAGCAACAGCAGUACAGCUUAGCUCGCAGUGUCGGCGGUGUAAAGGGUGAUGCGGCAGAAGGCUUGCUACAGCUCAUGCAAGACUCGCGGUAG